AUGUGCGAGGAUCAUUUUGUGGCAAAUACAAAACUUUUGCCUAUAGGUCGGUUUGAGGUAAAAUUGCCAUUUAAAUCUUCGCCGAAUUCACUUGGUUCGUCGUUUGAAGCGGCCAAACGUCGAUUCCUUGCACUUGAGAGAAAAAUUUCAAGAAAUAAUAAUUUGAGAGCAAUGUACAUGGAUUUCAUGAAUGAAUAUCUAUCGUUGGGACAUAUGUCACCAACGAAUAAUGAGAUUCCCAAAUUCCCACACUAUUUCAUUCCACAUCAGUGUGUCUUGCGACCGCAAAGCACAAGUACCAAGCUUCGUGUAGUUUUUGAUGCUUCAUGUAAAACGCCUACUCAAGUUUCUCUGAAUGACAUCUUGAUGGUUGGGCCAACCAUUCAAGAGGAGCUGUUUUCGACAUUGCUCCGUUUUCGCACUCAUAAAUAUGCCAUUACGGCUGAUAUUGCGAAAAUGUACCGGCAAGUUCUCAUUGCUGAAGAGCAUUCGAUUUACCAGCUCAUAGUGUGGAGGCAGAAUGCCUCUCAACCAUUACAAUAUUUUCGCCUUAACACUGUUACGUAUGGCACUUCUCCAGCACCAUUUUUAGCAAUACGGUGUUUGAAGAUGUUGGGCGAUAUCUCCAAAGAUUCAUACCCUACGGGGUCAAAAAUUGUAUAA